ACCUCGCGCAUUUUCUGCUGUGAGCGGGAGACUGCAGCAAUUCGUCAUCCGACAUUGAGUGGAAAAACACAUUCUCCGGCUUCCUUUCUCAAAGAAUUUUCUUGUGCCGUUGAGACAGGAAGAAUCAUCAACUGGCAUUCGCGCUGCGAUUACUGAUAACCUGACACUCAGGCUGCAAAAAACGUUUGACUUCGAGGCUGUAGGAGUUCAUCCUCUGGCGUUGAGACAGGGAGAACGUAUCGUCUGACUGCAGGCUGCUAGCAAUCGCCGCCAUCUGACAUUCAAGCUGAAGGAUUCUUCGUCUCACCUUGAGGGUGCCAGAAUCAGCCACAUCCUCACAUUCGGACUCUGAGACAUGACGUCAUCAGGUGGAGGCUCGACAAUCGAGGCGGGAAAGGUUAUCGGAUACGAGUUCGACGAGGUCGGUGGCAUCGGUGGCUUCGCAUGAAGCCACCUUCACCAUUCCACCUUCGAGUCGAGUCCGAAGUCGCAUCGCUGUCAUUGCUCCCUCCUUCUCGACUCCACCGCCGUAACUUACUUGAUGCCUCUCCUUCCCUUCCCAUCUCCUUCCCUUCCCACCUCCUCCCUUUCCCAUCUAUCCCAUCCCAUGCCAUGUGGAUGGCUUCAAUUGGCUCCCGUGCGCCACUAAAUACGGAGGGCCGUUCAGUCGGAAUUUGAGUACAAACAAAAGGACGUGGCACUGUACGCGUUGGCAGUUGGAGCAUGCUCAUCUGAUGCAUGUGACUCUAUCGACCUGCCCUUCGCCUAUAAUCACCUCUUCCAAGAUCGAUUCUUCGUGCUCCCCACCUUUGCGGUUCUCUUUCCUUCGUCCCUUCUGGAUCAGCUCCUAGCAGUGGAAGGCCUUGUCUUCGACCCUGCUCUCUUGCUGCACGGUGAACAGUACCUUCGCCUCUUUCGCCCCCUGCCCACCAACGCCAAGGUGGUGAAUUGCGCGCGCAUAUCUGGGCUGAGGGACAAGGGCAAGGCGGCCAUAGUGGAUGUUGAAACAGUGUCAUUUGACCGCGAGUCAGGAGACCGGCUGGCUGUCAACAGGUCAUCCAUUGUGCUGCGCGGCGCUGGUGGCUUCUCCAAAGCUGCCACUGCUGCACAUGCUGCUGCUCCGGCCGCUUCCAUGAAGCCCGCGCCACCACAGCCAGCGGCUGGCGCCAGCAUCAGAAGGCAGGCAGCUCGCCCGCCACCAGAGGUGGCAACAGAGGAGCGCAUUCCGCCCAACCAGGCGCUGCUGUACCGCCUGUGCGGCGACCUCAACCCCCUGCACUCCGACCCUGAAUUCGCCGCCACAGCAGGCUAUUCUCGCCCCAUCCUCCAUGGCCUCUGCACGCUUGGCUUUGCCGCCCGAGCUGUCCUCCGAACCUGCUGCAAGGGCGACCCGAGCCUCUUCCACAGCGUGCAGGUACGGUUCACGGGGCACGUGUUCCCGGGGGAGACCCUCGUCACCCGAACCUGGACGGCCGUGUCUGUCCCUGCGUCGAGUGCAGCAGAGGAAGAUCUAGGGACUGCAGGAGGGGGUGGCAUGGUGGAGGGGCCGUUGCGGCGUGUGAGCUUUGAGUGCUGGAUUGCGGAGCGCAACAAGAUGGUGCUGGCGGGGUGGAUGCAGCUGCACGGCAGCAGCGAUGGGGCCAGCUGUGACGGCUCGUUUGACUCCUCCCAAUCGUCACCCAAGGCACGGCUGUGAUUCUCCACUGCUGUGCCUGGUGAGAGUCGUCUCAUCACGUGUACAUAUGUGCAUGUUGUGAUAGCCAUUCCUGUACUAGGUAUAUCAUCUCCUCCCUCCUGUUCCUGUACCAACAGGGCAGUCACAUAUACAGGUGUUGACAGAAUAGUUGUCAGCCAGUGUUACUACCCGUGACAGACAGUGUGCACACUACCUGCAUAAUGCAUUCCUGGUUACCACUGUUACCAAGAGUACAUGCAACAACUCUUCAACUGGAAGGCCACAGGGAAUUGUGCUCUUCAAUGAAUAUCGUCGUACCGGUAUUUACGAU